AUGUGCAGCGAGCACCCAUUAAUACUCAUCCGCAAUCCUCCAUCUGCAUCUCCCCACCUGCAGCCCCCCAUAUCCACCCUAAUGGUGAACCGCAUGGAAAUCAUGCCGGAUAAGAAACAAGAGGUUUUGAUAACCGACUCCCGUUCCUGUCCCUCCCCCACACAUUCGCUCUCGCUCCUGUCCCUCCCCCACCCAUUCACUCUCGCUCCUGUCCCUCCCCCACCCAUUCACUCUCGCUCCUGUCCCUCCCCCACCCAUUCACUCUCGCUCCUGUCCCUCCCCCACCCAUUCACUCUCGCUCCUGUCCCUCCCCCACCCAUUCAGUCUCGCUCCUGUCCCUCCCCCACCCAUUCACUCUCGCUCCUGUCCCUCCCCCACCCAUUCACUCUCGCUCCUGUCCCUCCCCCACCCAUUCACUCUCGCUCCUGUCCCUCCCCCACCCAUUCACUCUCGCUCCUGUCCCUCCCCCACCCAUUCAGUCUCGCUCCUGUCCCUCCCCCACCCAUUCACUCUCGCUCCUGUCCCUCCCCCACCCAUUCACUCUCGCUCCUGUCCCUCCCCCACACAUUCAGUCUCGCUCCUGUCCCUCCCCCACCCAUUCACUCUCGCUCCUGUCCCUCCCCCACCCAUUCAGUCUCGCUCCUGUCCCUCCCCCACCCAUUCACUCUCGCUCCUGUCCCUCCCCCACCCAUUCAGUCUCGCUCCUGUCUCUCCCCCACCCAUUCACUCUUGCUCCUGUCCCUCCCCCACCCAUUCACUCUCGCUCCUGUCCCUCCCCCACCCAUUCACUCUCGCUCCUGUCCCUCCCCCACCCAUUCACUCUCGUUCCUGCCCCUCCCCCACCCAUUCACUCUCGCUCCUGUCCCUCCCCCACCCAUUCACUCUCGCUCCUGUCCCUCCCCCACCCAUUCAGUCUCGCUCCUGUCCCUCCCCCACCCAUUCACUCUCGCUCCUGUCCCUCCCCCACCCAUUCAGUCUCGCUCCUGUCUCUCCCCCACCCAUUCACUCUUGCUCCUGUCCCUCCCCCACCCAUUCACUCUCGCUCCUGUCCCUCCCCCACCCAUUCACUCUCGCUCCUGUCCCUCCCCCACCCAUUCACUCUCGUUCCUGCCCCUCCCCCACCCAUUCACUCUCGCUCCUGUCCCUCCCCCACCCAUUCACUCUCGCUCCUGUCCCUCCCCCACCCAUUCAGUCUCGCUCCUGUCCCUCCCCCACCCAUUCACUCUCGCUCCUGUCCCUCCCCCACCCAUUCAGUCUCGCUCCUGUCCCUCCCCCACCCAUUCACUCUUGCUCCUGUCCCUCCCCCACCCAUUCACUCUCGCUCCUGUCCCUCCCCCACCCAUUCACUCUCGCUCCUGUCCCUCCCCCACCCAUUCACUCUCGCUCCUGUCCCUCCCCCACCCAUUCACUCUCGCUCCUGUCCCUCCCCCACCCAUUCAGUCUCGCUCCUGUCCCUCCCCCACCCAUUCACUCUCGCUCCUGUCCCUCCCCCACCCAUUCACUCUCGCUCCUGUCCCUCCCCCACCCAUUCAGUCUCGCUCCUGUCCCUCCCCCACCCAUUCAGUCUCGCUCCUGUCCCUCCCCCACCCAUUCAGUCUCGCUCCUGUCCCUCCCCCACCCAUUCACUCUCGCUCCUGUCCCUCCCCCACCCAUUCACUCUCGCUCCUGUCCCUCCCCCACCCAUUCACUCUCGCUCCUGUCCCUCCCCCACCCAUUCACUCUCGCUCCUGUCCCUCCCCCACCCAUUCAGUCUCGCUCCUGUCCCUCCCCCACCCAUUCACUCUCGCUCCUGUCCCUCCCCCACCCAUUCAGUCUCGCUCCUGUCCCUCCCCCACCCAUUCACUCUCGCUCCUGUCCCUCCCCCACCCAUUCAGUCUCGCUCCUGUCCCUCCCCCACCCAUUCACUCUUGCUCCUGUCCCUCCCCCACCCAUUCACUCUCGCUCCUGUCCCUCCCCCACCCAUUCACUCUCGCUCCUGUCCCUCCCCCACCCAUUCACUCUCGCUCCUGUCCCUCCCCCACCCAUUCACUCUCGCUCCUGUCCCUCCCCCACCCAUUCACUCUCGCUCCUGUCCCUCCCCCACCCAUUCACUCUCGCUCCUGUCCCUCCCCCACCCAUUCAGUCUCGCUCCUGUCCCUCCCCCACCCAUUCACUCUCGCUCCUGUCCCUCCCCCACCCAUUCACUCUCGCUCCUGUCCCUCCCCCACCCAUUCAGUCUCGCUCCUGUCCCUCCCCCACCCAUUCAGUCUCGCUCCUGUCCCUCCCCCACCCAUUCAGUCUCGCUCCUGUCCCUCCCCCACCCAUUCACUCUUGCUCCUGUCCCUCCCCCACCCAUUCAGUCUCGCUCCUGUCCCUCCCCCACCCAUUCACUCUCGCUCCUGUCCCUCCCCCACCCAUUCAGUCUCGCUCCUGUCCCUCCCCCACCCAUUCACUCUCGCUCCUGUCCCUCCCCCACCCAUUCACUCUCGCUCCUGUCCCUCCCCCACCCAUUCAGUCUCGCUCCUGUCCCUCCCCCACCCAUUCAGUCUCGCUCCUGUCCCUCCCCCACCCAUUCAGUCUCGCUCCUGUCCCUCCCCCACCCAUUCACUCUCGCUCCUGUCCCUCCCCCACCCAUUCACUCUCGCUCCUGUCCCUCCCCCACCCAUUCACUCUCGCUCCUGUCCCUCCCCCACCCAUUCAGUCUCGCUCCUGUCCCUCCCCCACCCAUUCAGUCUCGCUCCUGUCCCUCCCCCACCCAUUCACUCUCGCUCCUGUCCCUCCCCCACCCAUUCAGUCUCGCUCCUGUCCCUCCCCCACCCAUUCACUCUUGCUCCUGUCCCUCCCCCACCCAUUCAGUCUCGCUCCUGUCCCUCCCCCACCCAUUCACUCUCGCUCCUGUCCCUCCCCCACCCAUUCAGUCUCGCUCCUGUCCCUCCCCCACCCAUUCACUCUUGCUCCUGUCCCUCCCCCACCCAUUCACUCUCGCUCCUGUCUCUCCCCCACCCAUUCACUCUCGCUCCUGUCCCUCCCCCACCCAUUCACUCUCGCUCCUGUCCCUCCCCCACCCAUUCACUCUCGCUCCUGUCCCUCCCCCACCCAUUCAGUCUCGCUCCUGUCCCUCCCCCACCCAUUCACUCUUGCUCCUGUCCCUCCCCCACCCAUUCACUCUCGCUCCUGUCCCUCCCCCACCCAUUCACUCUCGCUCCUGUCCCUCCCCCACCCAUUCACUCUCGCUCCUGUCCCUCCCCCACCCAUUCACUCUCGCUCCUGUCCCUCCCCCACCCAUUCACUCUCGCUCCUGUCCCUCCCCCACCCAUUCACUCUCGCUCCUGUCCCUCCCCCACCCAUUCAGUCUCGCUCCUGUCCCUCCCCCACCCAUUCACUCUCGCUCCUGUCCCUCCCCCACCCAUUCACUCUCGCUCCUGUCCCUCCCCCACCCAUUCAGUCUCGCUCCUGUCCCUCCCCCACCCAUUCAGUCUCGCUCCUGUCCCUCCCCCACCCAUUCAGUCUCGCUCCUGUCCCUCCCCCACCCAUUCACUCUUGCUCCUGUCCCUCCCCCACCCAUUCAGUCUCGCUCCUGUCCCUCCCCCACCCAUUCACUCUCGCUCCUGUCCCUCCCCCACCCAUUCACUCUCGCUCCUGUCCCUCCCCCACCCAUUCACUCUCGCUCCUGUCCCUCCCCCACCCAUUCAGUCUCGCUCCUGUCCCUCCCCCACCCAUUCACUCUCGCUCCUGUCCCUCCCCCACCCAUUCACUCUCGCUCCUGUCCCUCCCCCACCCAUUCAGUCUCGCUCCUGUCCCUCCCCCACCCAUUCAGUCUCGCUCCUGUCCCUCCCCCACCCAUUCAGUCUCGCUCCUGUCCCUCCCCCACCCAUUCACUCUCGCUCCUGUCUCUCCCCCACCCAUUCACUCUCGCUCCUGUCCCUCCCCCACCCAUUCACUCUCGCUCCUGUCCCUCCCCCACCCAUUCACUCUCGCUCCUGUCCCUCCCCCACCCAUUCAGUCUCGCUCCUGUCCCUCCCCCACCCAUUCAGUCUCGCUCCUGUCCCUCCCCCACCCAUUCACUCUCGCUCCUGUCCCUCCCCCACCCAUUCAGUCUCGCUCCUGUCCCUCCCCCACCCAUUCACUCUUGCUCCUGUCCCUCCCCCACCCAUUCAGUCUCGCUCCUGUCCCUCCCCCACCCAUUCACUCUCGCUCCUGUCCCUCCCCCACCCAUUCAGUCUCGCUCCUGUCCCUCCCCCACCCAUUCACUCUUGCUCCUGUCCCUCCCCCACCCAUUCACUCUCGCUCCUGUCUCUCCCCCACCCAUUCACUCUCGCUCCUGUCCCUCCCCCACCCAUUCACUCUCGCUCCUGUCCCUCCCCCACCCAUUCACUCUCGCUCCUGUCCCUCCCCCACCCAUUCAGUCUCGCUCCUGUCCCUCCCCCACCCAUUCACUCUCGCUCCUGUCCCUCCCCCACCCAUUCACUCUCGCUCCUGUCCCUCCCCCACCCAUUCACUCUUGCUCCUGUCCCUCCCCCACCCAUUCAGUCUCGCUCCUGUCCCUCCCCCACCCAUUCACUCUCGCUCCUGUCCCUCCCCCACCCAUUCAGUCUCGCUCCUGUCCCUCCCCCACCCAUUCACUCUCGCUCCUGUCCCUCCCCCACCCAUUCACUCUCGCUCCUGUCCCUCCCCCACCCAUUCACUCUCGCUCCUGUCCCUCCCCCACCCAUUCACUCUCGCUCCUGUCCCUCCCCCACCCAUUCAGUCUCGCUCCUGUCCCUCCCCCACCCAUUCACUCUCGCUCCUGUCCCUCCCCCACCCAUUCACUCUCGCUCCUGUCCCUCCCCCACCCAUUCAGUCUCGCUCCUGUCCCUCCCCCACCCAUUCACUCUUGCUCCUGUCCCUCCCCCACCCAUUCAGUCUCGCUCCUGUCCCUCCCCCACCCAUUCAGUCUCGCUCCUGUCCCUCCCCCACCCAUUCACUCUCGCUCCUGUCCCUCCCCCACCCAUUCACUCUCGCUCCUGUCCCUCCCCCACCCAUUCACUCUCGCUCCUGUCCCUCCCCCACCCAUUCACUCUCGCUCCUGUCCCUCCCCCACCCAUUCAGUCUCGCUCCUGUCCCUCCCCCACCCAUUCAGUCUCGCUCCUGUCCCUCCCCCACCCAUUCACUCUCGCUCCUGUCCCUCCCCCACCCAUUCACUCUCGCUCCUGUCCCUCCCCCACCCAUUCAGUCUCGCUCCUGUCCCUCCCCCACCCAUUCAGUCUCGCUCCUGUCCCUCCCCCACCCAUUCACUCUUGCUCCUGUCCCUCCCCCACCCAUUCAGUCUCGCUCCUGUCCCUCCCCCACCCAUUCACUCUCGCUCCUGUCCCUCCCCCACCCAUUCAGUCUCGCUCCUGUCCCUCCCCCACCCAUUCAGUCUCGCUCCUGUCCCUCCCCCACCCAUUCACUCUCGCUCCUGUCUCUCCCCCACCCAUUCACUCUCGCUCCUGUCCCUCCCCCACCCAUUCACUCUCGCUCCUGUCCCUCCCCCACCCAUUCACUCUCGCUCCUGUCCCUCCCCCACCCAUUCAGUCUCGCUCCUGUCCCUCCCCCACCCAUUCAGUCUCGCUCCUGUCCCUCCCCCACCCAUUCACUCUCGCUCCUGUCCCUCCCCCACCCAUUCAGUCUCGCUCCUGUCCCUCCCCCACCCAUUCACUCUUGCUCCUGUCCCUCCCCCACCCAUUCAGUCUCGCUCCUGUCCCUCCCCCACCCAUUCACUCUCGCUCCUGUCCCUCCCCCACCCAUUCAGUCUCGCUCCUGUCCCUCCCCCACCCAUUCACUCUUGCUCCUGUCCCUCCCCCACCCAUUCACUCUCGCUCCUGUCUCUCCCCCACCCAUUCACUCUCGCUCCUGUCCCUCCCCCACCCAUUCACUCUCGCUCCUGUCCCUCCCCCACCCAUUCACUCUCGCUCCUGUCCCUCCCCCACCCAUUCAGUCUCGCUCCUGUCCCUCCCCCACCCAUUCAGUCUCGCUCCUGUCCCUCCCCCACCCAUUCACUCUCGCUCCUGUCCCUCCCCCACCCAUUCACUCUCGCUCCUGUCCCUCCCCCACCCAUUCACUCUUGCUCCUGUCCCUCCCCCACCCAUUCAGUCUCGCUCCUGUCCCUCCCCCACACAUUCACUCUCGCUCCUGUCCCUCCCUCCCCCACCCAUGGCUCAAGAGCAGCACAUGCCAGACAACAGAGCAGCACGUGAAUCGCAUGGAGGUCAUGCCACACAAGAGGUUCCAAUAACGGUUCCCCACACGCACUCAUUCCCCCCCUCCCCGCCCUCCCACAUUUACUCCCCGUUCGUCCCCACAUCUCCCCCCCCCAUUACACCAGAGCAGCAGGUGAACCGCAUGGAGAUCAUGCCGGACAAGAUCACAGCAGCACAGCAGGUGAACCGCAUGGAGAUCAUGCCGGACAAGAGGUUCCUGGCGGCUGCUGGCAACCCGCAGAUCCGCCUCUUCCAAAUCGACUCCAACCAGCCACAGCCGGUGAUGAGCUACGACGGGCACACCAACAACGUGACAGCAGUUGGCUUUCAGUGCGACGGCCGCUGGAUGUACUCGGGCUCUGAGGACGGCACCGUCAAGAUCUGGGACCUCAGAGCCCCACCGCUGUACCAGAGGGACUAUGAGAGCCGGGCGGCAGUGAACACGGUGGUGCUGCACCCCAACCAGACGGAGCUCAUCUCAGGGGACCAGAACGGCAACAUCCGCGUGUGGGACCUCACUGCCAACGCGUGUAGUUGUGAACUGGUACCAGAGGUGGACACGGCCAUAAGGUCGGUGGCAGUCAUGUGGGAUGGCAGCAUGGUCGUGGCAGCCAACAACAAGGGCACCUGCUUUGUCUGGCGCCUCACCUCAGGCUCUCAGACGGCAGCGAGCUUUGAGCCGCUGCACAAGCUGCAGGCGCACAACAGCCACGUGCUCAAGUGCCUACUCUCGCCCGAGUUCUCCGAUCCCAACAGAUACCUCGCUACAGCAUCAGCGGACGGCACAGUGAAGAUAUGGAAUGCAGAUGGCUUUACCCUGGAGAAAACACUCACAGGCCAUGCCAGAUGGGUGUGGGACUGUGUGUUCUCUAUUGAUGGGGCCUACCUCGUGUCAGCUUCCUCGGAUGGCACGUCGCGGCUGUGGGAGCUGGCGAGCGGCAACUGUGUGCGAGUGUACCAGGGCCACCAGAAGGCCGUUGUGUGCUGCGCUCUCAACGACGGCACCGACCUCCCGCCUGCCUGA